AUGGCUCCCAUUCAGUCAGCUCAAGUGAACAACUUUGUAAAGAAUGAGAGGCAAAUGAUCCCUGCACCUAAGCUCAUGGACAUCACUGUGGAAGAGGGAGAUGCAGGUGUCUACCGAGCACUUAGCAUUGCUGCUGGAACAUAUAUUCAUAGAAAAGAAGAAUCUUCUCUUGCUUUUCCUUAUAUCGAUGUAGUGACAAAUGGGGGACCUUUAAUGGAAGAUGAAAAUGAAGUCUUGAAUUGCACAGGUGAAGGAAAAAUUUCACUGGCAACUCUACUCAAAGUGUUUCGUGAUGGAGCAUGUACAAAUGAAGAUAAUCAUAGAUUUAGUAGCUCGGAGAAGGAAGGCAGAUAUGAUAAGCAUUUCAUAAAAAUAUACAAAGAAUUAGACACUGAAGAUCUGACACCUAUUCCAGUUGAAUUCCUUUUGAAGCAUCCUUUCAUUCAAGACUUGAUCAACAGGUACCAAGAGUACAAGCUUAUUGUCGUGCACACAUGCAGUGUGCCCAGGAUGACACGGACGAGUACAGUAUUGAGCAUUUUCGUCUUGUUUCUUCGUACCACUUUUGGGGAAAGUGGUUGCACUUCUGCAGAUGGUGAUGGGACCUUUGAAGAUGACGAACCGGGCAACUUUGACGUUGACUGCUUCAGCCAGCUGGAAUUUAAGGAUUCCUACAGCAGCCUGACCUGCAAUUUUACAGAGAUGCCUCCUCACAACACUAACUAUACCCUGGCUGUGUGUACCAAAGAAGACAGCAAUUAUGUGUGUUUCGAUAUGGAGAAACGGGAUGACGUGUAUUUCUUACAAUUCACUGAUAUACUCUCGAAUAAAGAUAUUUGCAUGGAAUAUGAGAUAAAGAGAAGAGUCUGCAGGAGUCUGUUCGUCACUGACAUUGUUAAACCCGAGGUACCAUUCAAUAUCAACAUCACAUACCAAAAGGAGGCAAAUGAGUAUCUUAUUCACUAUAGUACACCACAUUCAUGGAAGAAAUACUUAAAGGACAAAUUAAUACACCAAAUAGCCUAUCGGCAGGGAGAAGGUCCUUGGAAGACAAUAGAAUCGCCAUACCUUCAGGUAAAGUUACUGGGGAAAAACCUCGAAACAGGUGCCUCUUACGAGGUGAAAGUACGCUCGCAGCCCAAUGGAGAUUAUUUUAAAGGCACAUGGAGUGAAUGGAGUGUCUCCAAGAGCUUCAGGACUGCAGGAGAGCACUCUGCGGAGAGACAUAACAGCAUGUUCGUGAUUAUGCUCUCCAUCCCUGGAUUCAUUCUGUCAGUUGUCAUGAUUGUACUGAUCCUAAGUUUUUGGGAAAGCAGGAUCAAGCCUGCUAUGUGGCCAAACCUUCCUGAUCAUAAAAAAACUCUGGAGCAACUGUGCAAGAAACCAAAAAAUAAUUUUGAUAUAAGCUUUAACCCAGAGAGUUUCGGUUACGUUUUUAUCCAUAAAGUGGACGGCAUUCGAGCAAAAGCUGAACAGGAAAGUUUUCUGCAGCCACCAACUGCUCCAGAGACGAAUGUUCCAGCAAAGGUUAGGAGUGCAUCAGACCUGAAGAGGAGCCCUGCAAGGACAAACAAAAGCAACCUAAACCUGUCCAUGAGUUAUGGAGGAAUCUGGUCAUCAGAAGCCCUGCAUGGACUCCUGGGAAGCAACCAGUCUGCAGGCACCGAAGGCGUCUGUGGAUCCAGCAUGUAUGAGGUGUGCCACAGCAGCGAGUUGCCCCUGUGUGACCAGGGUACUGACUUUCCCUCUGCUCCUCCCCUGGAUCCCUCAGGCCAACCUGGACCAGAGCCCCUGGAAGGUGACAUGGUGUCCCAGAUGUCACCUAGCAGUGAACUGAGGUCACCAAACAAUGAAGAAGCCUAUGUCACCAUGUCUAGCUUUUACAAAAAUCAAUAG